GCGCGACGCCCCAACACGCGGCACGCGGCAUGCGUCGUACCACCACCGGCCGCUGCACUACUAAAUCUCAACACCGCGCGCCCCUGUGCCGACGGCGGCAUGUUGGGCGCGCGGCUCAAGUCAUGGGUGGAAGCACAAUUAGGGCGGGCAAAGAAGCGUAAACAGAAGCAAUCGCGGCAAACCAGCACUGUGACGACAGGGCCAUUGCCCCCUCCUCAUCUGUCGUCUCCUGAGAGCGCUUACAGCACGGGAUACUCCACUGACGGCACGUCUCCCGGAGCGCCGCCCGCGACUCUCGCCGCUCCGCUUGUGGCGCCUCCGCCGCCGCCAGCUCCACCUACCACACAUCUUUAUCACGAACCUGCUAAGAGACGGACUAACCCUCCGAGACGAUGCGUACCAGACCCACCAGUUGUGUCAGCCACCCCAUCCCCACGCCCACGUUGCCGGAUACGCACGAACCCGUGGCUCGGGGCUACUUCACCGAACGUGCGAAGGAGACAACCUCCACAUCUGCUGCAUCAACAAAGCCUGCAGUGCCCGCAGCCACAGCAUCAAAACCAGUUUAAACAUGCGCCUUUUUCGCUUGACUCUUAUCCGGCUAAAGGUUUUAGAUCACCACACCUAUCUCCUGAACCAUACCGUACCCCAUAUCGAUCACCGUACUACCGCGGAGGGGCAUCCAGCGACGAAGAAUGUCGAGGCAUGAGGACUAGAGGCCGGGAGACAGCGAUACUGUCAGACGCUGAUAUUGACUCUGAUGGGGACACAGGAUUGGAUGGUGGGGAUGAGGAUGAGCCUGAUGAAACGGCGUCGCCUGGUAGGAGGCGGGCUCGAAGAAGGCGGCCGCCACGACGACCGCCGAGAUCUGCUGGAGCAACUCCACCUCGUGUCCGGCGUAGGAAUCACGCGCCGUCAGCGCCGCCAGUCAGGGAGCGAGAUCCGUUGCUCGAAGCAGACAGAGAAGCGGAGAGAAAGUACAGGGAGCUCAUACGAGAGGCUGAGAAGUUGCUGGUCACGGUUUCUAGGGCACCGCUUGAACCACCGCACAACCCGAGGAUCAGGGAACUUAGAGCUACCGAGGUCGAAGCGCCACGACGGAGCCCAGAACGCACGCAUAUUACAAACUUCAUGCGUGCUAAUUCUCCUGAGCCUCCCCGGAGGCUGUCCCCAGUUGCUCGACGUUCUCCCCUGGCGGCCCCUCCACCCCCUCCCGUCGCUCCGCGAGUCCUAAUGCAACCACCAUCGCCCACUGAUCGUCCGCACUCCGAGCCUCCAAAGAGGAAGAUAUAUGCUCGCGAUGAGGUACUCCAAACUCUUGAAGGACUGCGCAAGAGUUUGCAACAACAAUCGGCAUUAUUGGCAACUCAACGCACAGCGAUGCAGCGGAACCGCCUCGAUUCUCUAUAGCCGCCCCGUCCUGCCUAACUAGCCGUCUUUAGACCCUUUCAUUCAUUAGUCCACUACAAUUAAGUGGACUAGGGAGACUUGCAGACCCUACAGAGGCAUUUCUUUUGUUGACUAGUACGCUCAUUUCGCGGUGUAGUGUAGAUCCCACAGACCACAUAAAUAUUAGGUAGAUCCUAUAUUCAAUUGGCCGACUGAAUCGCACUGUAUUGAAUGAUCUUUAACUAAAGAUCGCUAAAGAUCGCUAAACUUCAGAUAUGUACGGAUAUAAGGAAAGGGGCGAUGUAGUCCCACGAUGUAGAAUUAGGAUGGUUGCUACAAUGUUCACUACAAAUGUAGAUUUCUUAAUAAUGGAAUUACUCGGUCGGUUAGUUGUUCUAUACCUACUCCCUCUUCUAGUCCCUCCAUAUUAUUAUGUUUUAGUCUAGUCCGUCAUGGUAGACUUUAGACUGAAGCGUCAACGCCUGAUUAUGUGAAAAUUUAUGUGGUGAACUGAGCCUAUAUAGGAUGUAUUUCAAUUAAUUAAAUAGGUUUUUGCACACCCAUCCAUUAUCCCGACGUUUCAAUCAGGUUGCACUUGUAGUCUCGGGCUGAAUAUAUAUCGCACAUAACUAACAUAGUAUUAUCUCAAAAAGUGCGUUAUGUAUCUAUAUAUGUCAUUCGCAUAUGAUUUAAUCUUAAAGUGACAGUGUUGUCCUGUAAAUUUUUGACAUAAAAUAUGUAUAAUACAACGUAAUUUUUGAGACAAAGCUAUAUAAGUUGUCAUGUGUGAUAUAUUGUGCACAUACCUAUUAAAUUGUUUAAUUGCGUUUGUUCCAUUCCAGUAAUGAACAAUUAAAGGUAAUUGUCAGUGCAGAACUGACAUUCCAAUUCAUUGAUAUAAUAUAUGAAAUAACUUCCUUGUUGAAUUUCUUGGUUUUCUAUUUCAAUCUUUGACGCUGUAGUCAGAAAUCUGCCUUUAGCUUAGCGUAGUGUAGUCCUUGUUAUCGUUUCGUAUAGG